AUGUUACAAUACAAACAGCUACAGGAAGCUGCAUUACAUUUACCCACCCAGCUACUUCCUGUAGUUCUAGUUACUGUGUGGUCGCAGCAGUCAUGUGUCGUCAGUGGUCCUUGUUCUGGAAAGGAACUAGCUAUUACACUUACACUAUCAGGAAUCAUAAGGAAAGGAGGCUCCUAUUACUGUGAAGAUCAUGUACAAAACACAUCACUGCAUUUACGAGUAAAGGAGAAAAAUUCAGUUGUACUGAACAAGACAAUGUCUGACAAGAACCAAACCUCAGACCUUCCGAAUGCACAUGGAGAUAAAGAUAACUCUGAUAUAGUGAAAAUUGAGAUAACAGAAGAUCUGUGUGUGAUGCGUCAGCUGGGAGCCCUGGAUGAGGAAACCAGUGACAGUAUCAGCCCAGGCCGUAAGGAUACAACACCUUCAGAUGGCUCAGCAGUUGAGCACAGAGGAGAACCAUAUGUGUGUGAUCGCGCAAAGUCUGAGGAGGAUGAAGUUUCUAUAAAUACCUCUACAGGUGAUGUUAAGACUGAAGUCACACUUAAUGCUGAACAGACAAAUAAUCUAUAUGUAGAGAGUCAACUUGAAGCUGUGAAGCAGGAAAUCAGUGACAAUAUCAGUACAGAUGAAUUCACAAUCAAAAACUCUAGUCAUGGUCAGUGUGCUGAUGCUUCUUUCAAUCUUCUUCAAAAUCAAAGAAGCCACUUAGAAAAUGUAUGUUCUGAAUGUGGAAAAUGUUUUACUCUAAAAUCAUCUCUUAUUAGGCAUCAGAAAAUCCAUACAGGGGAAAAAGAAUUUUCGUGUUCUGAAUGUGGGAGAUGUUUUGCUUUGAAAUUAUCUCUUAUUAGACAUCAGAAAAUCCAUACAGGGGAGAAAGAAUUUACAUGUUCUAUAUGUGGGAAAUGUUUUGCUCGGAAAACAACUCUUAAUAAUCAUAAGAAAAUUCAUACAGGAGAGAACCAGUUUUCAUGCUCUGAGUGUGGUAAAUGUUUUACCUGGAAAUCAGCUCUUAAUAGACAUCUAAAAAUUCAUACAGGAGAGAAAUCAUCAUUUUCAUGGUCUCAAUGUUCUAAAUGUGGUAAAUGUUUUACCAGAAAAUCAUAUCUUAUUGACCAUCUGAAAAUUCAUACAGGAAAGAAAGAUUUUUCAUGUUCUGACUGUGGGAAAUGUUUUACUCUGAAAUCACAUCUUGUUACCCAUCAGAAAAUUCAUACAGGAGAGAAAGCAUUUUCAUGUUCUGACUGUGGGACAUAUUUUACUCUGAAAUCAGAUCUUAUUAGGCAUCAGAAAACUCAUACAGGAGAGAAAGCAUUUUUAUGUUCUGACUGUGGGAAAUGCUUUACUCAAAAAUCAGAUCUUAUUAGGCAUCAGAAAAUUCAUACAGGAGAGAAAGCAUUUUCAUGUUCUGAAUGUGGGAAGUCUUUUACCUUGAAAGGAAAUCUUGUUACUCAUCAGAAAAUUCAUAUUAAAGGAAUUCUGGGAAAUCAGAGUUUAACCAUUUAAAUGCAGAAGGCAGCAUGUAGUCGUCAUCUGCACUGUCUAGAGUGCAGCUUAUGGCUACAUUUCAAUCCUUGGAGGGGUUACACAUUUGGAGAUGUUUGAGACUCCCUCUGCACCUCAAGCACUUAAGAGGUGGCUCAGUGUGUUUUUCAUCCCCUGGGGGAUCUGGGCUCCAUAUAUAAGUUUAAAUAGUCAAUCGAUUAUCUAGCAUAAAUACAAUGUGUAUAUAUUUGAGACCCUAUUUGCAGAUCAAAGUUAUAUUAAUAUACCCAAAGUCCCUUAUUUAUAUGUUGAUAAACUCUUCUUUGACAUGCAGGUACAGUUGAGAGCAUUUUAGUCUGGUUAUCACUGACACAGAGUUUUUCUAGAUGUAAUUUAAAUUGGACAAAACUGCCAAAAGUUCUUGUCUGGAUUAGCAUAGCCCAUUGGCUUCCUAAAAUGCUAAAAUUUAACAAAAACACAUUUUAUUUUUUAUUUUUUUCAAUUGCUAAUUGUCUGUAGAAAAUCACUGAAUCAUUCUCCAUUUCUGCUUAUGUUAGAAAGGUUACCUAAAACAGUUAUAGAUCUACAAAGGUUUUGACUAUGGAAUUGGUAAAAUAAAACUCACACAGUAUUGUUUACAAUUUUGUUUAUUAAAAUUGCAAUGCAUUUUUUACACAUUUUGCUCUAGAUUUCUCACGUCAUAAUAUAUAAAUAAAAAUAGAAUAAUGUUAGGGGUCUGUUGAAAUAAUAAAAAAACAAUAUAUGA